AUGAAGCUCGAGAACCUCCAGCCAAGCGGAUCCUUCAAGAUCAGAGGUGUAGGAAACAUGUGCCAGCAGGCUGUCCAGAAACAUGGCGCUCAGACCCACUUGGUUUGCUCAUCUGGUGGUAACGCUGGUCUGGCUGUCGCCUAUUCUGGCCGUCAGCUCGAGGUUAAGGUCACUAUCGUCGUCCCUCUCUCCUGCAGCGAGUUCAUGAAGAAGAAGAUCCAGGCCGAGGGAGCUUCUGUUGAGGUCGGAGGAGAGGCCUGGGAUGAGGCCGAUCUCGUCGCACGUACUAUGGUUGCCAACGAUCCUCAUGGUGUUUACAUCCCUCCUUUUGAUAAUGCUGCUAUCUGGGACGGUAACUCGACCAUGAUUGACGAGCUCAAGGAGCAGAUGGGUGGUGCGACUCCAGAUGCCAUCAUCUGCUCAGUCGGAGGAGGCGGCUUGAUGAACGGCAUCAUUCUUGGCUGCCAAAGAGCUGGCUGGGACAAAGUGCCUGUCCUUGCUGUCGAGACCCACGGCGCCAACUCCUUCCAGCAGUCUGUCCUAGCUGGCGAGCUCGUCACCCUUCCAAAGAUUACUUCCAUCGCCACCACUUUAGGUGCCAAGAGGGUUUCGGCCAAGUCGUUGGAGCUUAGCAUGGUCCAUCCUGUCGCUCCUUUUGGUGUUAGUGAUGCCAUGGCAUCAAGCGCAUGCUGGCAGUUCCUUGAUGAUCACCGUUUCUUGGUCGAGCCUGCUUGCGGUGCAUCCUUAUGUAUCGCCUACACUCCAGCACUUCUCGCCAACAUCUUCCCUCAGUUGAACCAAGACUCCAACGUUGUCCUUAUUGUCUGUGGAGGUUCCAACAUCAGCUUUGAACAGUUGGUCCAGUACAAGGAGAUGUUUGGUGCUGAGGGCCAGCAGGCAACUAUUGCUGUUCGAAGUGGAGACCAGAUUUUGUUGAAGAUGACCACCGAGACUACCCCUCAGAGGGCUAUCAUCUCCAACUCCUACAAGCCUACGCCCAAGGUCGCUGACGGUCUUGCGGUCUAG